AUGGCGGGUUCAACAGAUGAUGAGCUAGACAUCCAUUAUUAUGAGAUACCACCAACCUAUGAUGAGUUUCUCAAAAAUCAUCUUAUACCAAACAAGCCAUGCAUUAUUGGCCCUUCUUUCACCCGCAGUUGGAAAGCAAACAAGGAAUGGAUAGUGACAAAUGACAACAGUAAAGAGAACUUGCAGCAUCAAUCCAAGUAUAAACCUAAUUAUACACAUUUGCGUCAACAAUACGGCACCGCUCAGGGUCAAGUGGCUCGAUGUAACAAGCGCCAUUUCACUGAUCAAGAACGCACCGAAAUGCCAUUUGCUGACUUUUGCGCAAAAUGGCAGGAGGAUGAUGGCCAACCUUCGCUUGACUAUCUCAAAGAUUUGCAUCUGCAGAAAGCUUUUCCAGAUGAUAGGUUUUAUACUGUGCCUGAUUUAUUUGAAGAUGAUUGGCUGAAUGAGUAUUGGUUACAACAAAAGGGAGAUGAUGACUACAGAUUUGCAUAUUUUGGAGGCCAUACAACAUUCACGCCACUCCAUGCAGACGUCUAUAGAUCCUACUCUUGGUCCAGCAACAUUUGUGGUAUCAAAAAAUGGACCUUGUUCCCACCUGGACAGGAAUCACUAUACCAAGAUAAAUUCAACAAUGCUGUAUACGAUAUACGAGAUGUUGACUCUACCCAAUUUACGAAAUUCGAUCAAGCAAGAAAAAUAGAGGUGUACCAAAAGGAUGGCGAAACUGUGUUUGUACCCUCCAACUGGUUUCAUCAAGUAGAGAAUAUCGGUGCUACUAUCUCUAUCAAUCACAAUUGGAUUAAUGCAAGCAACCUGAUGUUCACCUAUGCAUCUUUGCGAAAGGAUUGGAAUGACUGCAAGCAUGCUAUUGAGGAUCUACAGGACACCAUGUCCCCGAUGGAAUUUUUGCAGGAAUGUCAAAAGUUGUUGAUGGUGCAUAGUGGCUGGGAUUGGCGCAUAUUCUUGAAUAUGAUGGCCCACGUGGUAGCAAACAGAGCCAAGCAACCCGAUGUCCCGGUAAAUCAGCCUGAUUUGGCGUGGCAAAUGGACCGUAUAGACGAGGUGUUGAAACAGUGGAAAGAAGACGAACAUAGAUUAAUAGAAUACUUUGAAAGCAACGAUCUAAUGACUGUCUACACACAGCUCAGAUCAGAUAUGAAUAGCAUCAGACAAUAA